GUAUAAAAUUGGUGAUGAAGGUGCAUCAGACUUAGGUUCUGGUUUAGCAAAUUGCAUUAAUCUCUCAAAUUUGACACUUUACCUUGAUAACAAUUAAAUUGGUGCAAUGGGUGCAUCAGGCUUAGGUUCUGGUUUAGCAAAUUGCAUUAAUCUCUCAAAUUUGACACUUGAUCUUUAAAGGAAUAACAUUGGUGAUGAAGGUGUAUCAGGCUUAGGUUGUGCUUUAGCAAAUUGCAUUAAUCUCUCAAAUUUGACACUUCACCUUUAUUAGAAUAGAAUUGGUGAUAUGGGUGCAUCAGUCUUAGGUUAUGGUUUAGCAAAUUGCAUUAAUCUCUCAAAUUUGAAACUUGAUCUUAAUAACAAUUAAAUUGGUGCAUUGGGUGCAUCAGGCUUAGGUUCUGGUUUAGCAAAUUGCAUUAAUCUCUCAAAUUUGACACUUUAUCUUAGGUAAAAACAGUUUAUUUGUUUUGGAUUGUGA